AUGUCAAGUUAUCGGGGCCGCACAGGGCCGAACUUUUCAGAGUAUCUCAACAGCUUGAAUUCUCUGACGUCGCCCUUUGAGCAAGAGCAGUUCCAGACCGAGGAACUGGACUUGAGCCAGGACCUGGCUAUGUUCACAAACACCGACUUUACACACUUUGAUAUUCCUUCUCUCCCUGAAGACGGUACAUAUAAUUUCGAAAUGAACGAUCCUAAGAAUAACCACAACAUCAAGUAUGAAGACCUAUUGACAGCACCGGAUGCUGUCCCCAGUUACGCAUCACAUAGUAUCGAGACAUCUGCACCCGAAUCCAGUGCAUUCUACAGCACAUACAAUACACCAAUUCAACCGGCUCCUGCAGCCGGCUUUGGCAGCAUUGAGAAUCGGGGAUCCCCGUCAACAUCCACAACGCAUGGCAAUUCCGCCCGAUCCAAGGCGGAUCAUAUGGUCACCUCGCCCUUGAAUACCGACGACAAGUCACGCGUUGCUGCUGAAGAGGACAAACGACGACGAAACACUGCUGCCAGCGCACGUUUCCGGGUCAAGAAGAAGCAGAGAGAGCAGGCGUUGGAGACGACAGUGCGGGAGGUCCAAGACAAGAACAACAAACUCGAAUCCCGAAUUUCUCAACUCGAGAUGGAAAACAAAUGGCUCAAGGAUUUGAUUACUGAGAAGAACGGAAUUUCGUCCAAGGAGGAGAUGGCAGCGGCGUACCAUCAGUAUCGCAAAGAGAGUGAAGAGCGCGAUCUAAAAACCACCGAACACACUACUGGAGUUGGAACCAGUGACUAA